AUGGAUAAGGUAUUGAGAGGAGAAAAAGGAUUGGAAGAAUCUCAAAUCGCAAAGAAAAUGGGAGGAAUUAUUGUAAAACAUGAAACUGUAGAAUAUUUUGAUUUGUUUGGAAAUCAAGUUUGGUCGAUUCGAUUGGAACCGCUGCUUAGAUUUGAAAAAGAAAAGAAAAAUUAUUUGACUAGGUUAGUCAAUUGUACCAAUAUUUAUCACUACCCAAGAAAGAAUUAUGUGUUAAUGGGUAUCAACACAUCUGGAAUCAAGGUCCUGGAUUGUUCGAAUGGAAGUCUCGUUUGGGAGAAUGAAGAUGGCCCCAACAAGAAAAUUCAUCUCAACGAUGCUGUAAAUAAUGAAUUCGGAAUUGUGGAUACAUUUUGCAGUGAAUUUAAAACAUUCCAUGCUUGGAAUAUUGAGAAUGGACAAAAAUUGUGGAGUAUUGAUAUUAGAAAUCUAUUUAAUAAGGUGAAGGGUAUUCCAGGAGUGAACAUUCCAAUGCGCUUGAUGGAUGUUGUCUCUGGAAAUUUCCUGUUACAACCAAUGGAUGAAGAUGAAAACCAGUGUUACAUUCUCAUUCAUGCCUUGACUGGACGAAUAUUAAUGUAUUUCUAUGAGGAUAUUAUUUUACAAAUGGCUACUCUUUCAGUGGAGCAACAAAAUGACAAUGACCAACAUGUUACCAUGUUAACUAAUGUGAUACUCUAUACACUCAAUAGAGUUUGCUUACUAGAAUUCAAAUAUCAACAUAGAAAAGCAGACAAUGUGCUAAUCUCAAUGGACUGUACUGAAAAGUGGAGCAGAAAUCUUGAGUUUCAAUCUUAUUCUGGUUUUUUCGAAACAAAAUAUUUGUGGAUUCCCCUUGAUGGCGUAACUAUUAGAAAGAGAAGGUCAGAAAGAAGAGACAACACUCCUCUUGAUGAACUAGACAGGAGAUAUCUAUUUGAUUUAAUGUUUAUUCACAUCGAUCCUUCCUAUUUGAAAUCUCGUUUAGAACGAGUCAGACUAGAUGAUGGUUCAUUAGUUUACAAAGAAAAUAUAGUUUUGAAACCAAGUCGUGAACACUUUGUAUCACUCAACCGAGCUGGUAAUGGACCUAUGAAUUUAAAUAGAGAAUCAGAAUCUGUAUUUGGAGAGGUAAGAAGUAAUGGAGAGUUAUUUCUUAUCACUCAAACAGCAGCUAUGGACACUGUUGUAGUGAUUGAUUUGAAAAAAGGAAAUGUAAAAUACAGUAAUCAUUGA